AUGACUUCACCAACUACUAUUCCAGUAAUAUCAAAUCUAAUAAGUAAUACAAAUAAUACAAAUAAUACAAUUAAUACAAAUACAAACAUACAUAAUAAUCAUUUUCAGUCUUUACCACUAACAACAACUAAUUCAAAUUCUUCAGAUUCUUUAUCAAUAUCAAGUAUAAACUCAAACUCGGAAUCUGAACCAUUAUCCACCUCAUCCUCAACAAGAUUAUCAAUAACUUCAACUAAUUCAAAUACUUCAUCAACAUCAAUGACUUCAAUAGAUUCAAAUGAAAAUACCAGCACCACCAACACCACCAGUAAUAACAAAGAUAAUAAUUCACCAAUAAUAUUAUUACCAAAAACUCUUAAAAUAACUCAAUAUGGAACAAAAACUCCAUCAGGUUAUUCAAGAAUUUUUAAUUGUAAAAUUUGUUCAAGAGCUUUUACAAGAGAAGAACAUUUAACAAGACAUAUUCAAUCUACACAUAAUAAAUUAAAACCUUUUUUAUGUGGUAUAUGUCAAAGACCAUUUUCAAGAAGAGAUUUAUUAUUAAGACAUGCAAAAAAUUUACAUAAGGGAAGUGAAAAAGCAAUAAGUAGAAUUAGAAGAACUUAUAAACAAAAUAAAAAUAAUAAUAAUAAUACUAGUAAUAGUAGUAAUAAUACUGUUGAAAAUAAUGAUGGUAAUCAUAUUGACCAGGAGCAUGAAAUACAUCAAGAAAAUGAACAAGAACUACAGCAACACUCACAUCAAGAACAAGAACAAGAACAAGAAGUUGAACACAAUUAUGAAUCAGGUAAUAGUAAUGAUGAAAAUGAUGAUGAUGAUGAAGAAGAAGAAUCUAAGCAAAUGAACAAACUCAAUACAUUAAAAGAAACUAAUCCAAUUGCAAAUUAUAUUAAAUCAAAUAAUCCAACAACGUCAAAUUCUACUUCAAAUCCAACUUCAAAUCCAAAUUCUACUUCAAAUACUAAUUUAUCAAUUAAAAGAAAUAAAAGUCAUGAAUCUUUACAAUCAAAAAGAUUAAAAAUGUCAGUAAAUAUGUUAGUCAGUUAA